AUGGAGGAAGGCGGGCGGGAGGAGAGGCGCGACGAGCGGCCGGUUUUCCCCGCGAAGAGACAGACAUCGACCGGAGCCCCCGCCGCCGACACCAGAAACACGCGCGGGUCCAUCGCACCGCCGUGCGCCCAACCCCGGCGCGGUGGCGGUCCCCGCAGGACGUCUUCCCGGAGGACGGCGGGGCCGGACGAGCCCCCCGACGACACCUCGGCCGGCGGACCCACCGCCGACGGACGACGGACGACCGCUAAGCCUCUCUUCCCUCGCGAGGCCGGGACGCGCGAAGGCCUCCCCAUCCUCAACAAAAGGCCCGCGGGUUCCCCCAAAGAACACGCAGCGCUAAGGCCCGCAGCCGCGGGGCCGAGACGCCCUUCCAACUGCUCCACCCGCCUGACCGAGCGGCUCCCGGACCGCGGCCGGCCGCCCGGGCCCGUGCGUGCCCGGCCGCCCCCCGAAGGGGGUCCGGCAGCACGACCGGGCCGGCCGGCCGGGGAGAACCGACGGAGGGCGGGGAGGGGGAACGACACGGCGGAACGAGGGCCAGCGACGGCAGGGGCGACGGGAACGGCCCCCGGAAGGCGCCUCACCCGGGAAACCGAGAGACCGCUCGGGCGGCGAACGGACACGCGAGGUAAACCGACGGGAAUCACACCGCCCCACGACACCUGGGGCAGUCCCCGCCACGCCUGCGGCACCGAUCCGGCCCGAAACCGACGGCCCCCCGGGGAGCCCGGGAAGACUCAACACGGGAGACUACCGACGCCGCCGCCACCGCCGAAGACCCUCGAGCGGGAAUGGGCCCCGACGCGUCCGGCGACGCGCCGCGGGCGACCGGCCGUCGUUCCCCGAAGGCCGCACACACCCGAGAGAGAGGUCGAUCCCGCCGGACCCGGAUCCCCGGCCCCGAGAAGGGGGAACAGGUCACCGGUAGUCCCCAACCGUGGGAACGCUGCCGGGGAGGGGGAGCGAGGCGACUCCACAACGCCGCAGCACGAGCGACUACGCGCACACGCGACACACACGGCAUGUCCGCGCCGCGGGAACGGCGAAAACGGGGACGCGCGGGAGGGGGCCGCACGCGGCGGGCAGGCGAGGCGAACACGUCGGGGGGGGGGUGACGGGUGGGACCCGGGAAGCCCACCUACCACACACAGCACCCCCCCCCCCGUUCCACAUCCCGCGGCGACCCUCCAACUAAACCACGAGAACCCCCCGGGCUCCAAACACGCCGGCAUGACCAUGGCUCUUGCCCCGCGUGAUCCCUCCUCGGACUCGGAGCGAGGAGGCGCGGGCCGCGGUAGGCCAAAGGAGCACGGACACACUCGGGUUCCCCCCCAGGAGACGGGCAUGGGGGGGACACCCGGCCAAAGCUACGCGCAUCGGGCGGUCGGGGCGGGCGGUCGUGGGGGACCAUGCGGGAGGGAACCCCAAAGAGACCGCAAGAGCACGCCCCUUCCUCGGAUCGCUAGAGAAGAGACUUUUCUCAACGAGGGCGGGACGGACCCAGCCCGACGGGCCUCCAGCUGCGACCGCCGAGAGCGGCUCGCGUGCGGGCGGACGCGGGGAGGUCUGCGGUAUCGAGCCAGGCCUCUCGGGCACCCGCCGGGUGGCGACGGCGGGGAGUACUUAACAGAGUACACCCCCUCUAAAGAGGGUAGUAACAAAAACCAGGCCGGCCCCGCCAACGCUCGACACCAACACCAACGCACGGAGAGCUUACGGGAGAAGGCAGCUAAGGUAGCGCGGUGGGUGGCUCGCCCAAGGGGAAAGUUCCCCCCUUCUCAGAAGACGGGCAACACCGCAGAGCCUCUCUUACCGCUAUCCCUCCUCGGGGUCUCUCGACCUCCCGCCUUCAGAGGCGACACGGACCCGCCGACAACGAACCGGGAACAAAAACACGCACCGCUACUGCAGCCAGACCGAGCACAGGAGGCGCGCCGGGGAACGGGAAACGACGCCACCACUCAGAAACGGGCACCUUUGGAGGGUCAGCCCGGAACGCUCCAGGAGCACCACGAGGACCGCGAGCGAGGCACACGCACACACCGGUCGGGAAGGGCAUGCGACGCGGCAGACCGGUCUACCCCUUCCCCCAAGUCAGGGGAAGAGGGCCGAGCAAACCACACCGGGCAGAGUGAGCCGCGUAAGGGCGACAGAGCACCUGACGCGUCACAGGAACCCCACGAACCACAGCGGGAAGUGCGGGGGUCAGACAGGGCUCAGGCCGGAUAA